AUGGCGUCGAGGAAAAAUAGGUUAUGUGAGCAGGAGGAGGAGGAAGUAGGAGGGGUGGGAGUGGAGGCUGAGCAAGGGGAGGAGGAGGAACGAGUGGAGGAGGAGCCGUCCUUCAUCACCCCUCCGCCCGUGGCGGAGAUUAGUUCCGCGGACCUGAGCGCCGUACCCGCCGACGUGUGGGUGCGCAUCGCAAAUGCAGCGGCGGAGAGAGAAGAGUGCUACUGCUCGUGGCCGCUCGUGCCGUGCGCCAUCGCCUUGCCGUGCGUGCGACGCGCACUAUCGGCGAGCAACGAACCUCUUUACUUCGAAGAAGAUUGUCAGUGUCCCCCCUCCGCCGUCUCCCUCGCUCAGCGAAUCCGCAGCUUCGCAUGGCUGACCAAGCAGCACCAAAGCCCUUCGCAGUUCAACUUCUCUCUCGUUGAAGCGCCUCCCCGCCUCGUUUCCUCCUUCAUGCGCUCCUGCCUGUUCCCUUCCAUCUCCUCCAUCACCUCUCUCGAUCUCUACUUUCCCCGAAGCCUCCCCUCCCAUCCGCGCCUCCUCUUCUCCCUCUCGCAAGCGCCGCGCCUCGAGUCGCUUUUUAUUCAGCAUUGCGAUGUGGCGGACAGCGAGAGCGCGGCUCCAAUUCACCAGUGCAAUGAUCCCGUGAUGGUGGCGGAAAUGUGGGAAAUGGUUUCAAUCAUGGAGGAGAAGAACCCGGAUGACACAGCCAGGCUGUUUCCCGUGUUGCGCCGCCUCAGUCUCUCCCUCUCCGCGUGCUCUCCUCUCGUCCUCCGCUUCGUCGCCUGCCUCUCCUCACAGCUUCACUCUCUUCAUCUCGCGGCUGACGAUCAGUUCGCGGCACAGGAGGUCGAAGAGGGCGCUGUAAGCGGCGAGAACGCGCGAGAGAGGGACGUGGACGGACGAACGUCCUUCUCACUUGACCUCCCGGCAGCCACUGACGUCAGACUCAACGGGCUCAACUGCUCUAUCUCGCUUUCCGCACCUCGUCUCUCCGACCUCGGUUUUGAAUGGCAGUCCCGCGAUUCCCGCCUGCUCCUGCUCCCCACCUGCCCCGGGCACCUGACAUCUCUCUUCCUUAGCACCGACCCGACCUGUCCCUGGGCGUUUCACGCGCCUCACCUCACCUCGCUUCACUCCCUCCGCACCGACAUGGAUGCAGAGCAGGCGUCAUUCCUCCCGGCGGGUGCGCUUGAGACUGUCAAGGCCCUUGACUGGAGGAACGUUGGGGAUUCGGUGGACCUGAGUGCUUGGCACAGCCUGCGUUGUUUCCACGCUGUGGACUGCCCCCCUGUAUCUCUGUCGGUGCUUCGCUCCAGUGUGCUCUGGCCUUGUAGCUUGGAGGGGUUGUUUAUCACCAGCAUUGGGAGUGACGUUGUGGAAUUUCUAGAGAGUGAACUGAGGGGGGUCGAUGCGGGAGGAAGCUUGGGAAGGAGGCAUGGAGGGCAUCGCUCGUCAAGAAGCCGAGCAUCUGUCGCAUCCGUCGCGUCGGUCUCGUCUGCGUAA